AUGAUUGUCAGCCAAGCAGCAGUAGCUGCGCUGGUUUGGUUCCGUUCUUCGUCGGGCGGAGGGUUUGCGGAGAUCAAGGGCGUCGAGGGCCCGUACUACCAGCCCAGCGCCGACGACCUCGGCUCCCGCAUCUGCAUCAAGUGCACGCUCGCGGGGACCGCUCUGAACUUCGGCGGUACCGGUAGCGGCGGCUUCCUGUCACCCACGAAUGGGGGUAAAGGAAGGCGUGGGCGGCACGGUCGUGGUGGGGGGAGGUCAGGAUCGCGGAGCCCCCAGAGGCAACAAGAUCAGGUUUCCUUCGCUGAGGGGGGCCCCAUAGUCCUGGACUCCCCGGUCGGGGCGGAGGUAGACAAGCUUCUCUCGGCGGAUGGCCCGGCAGUGUUCAGGGGACUCGUGAGGAGAGACACCCCGGGGGAGACUGUUCGUGUGCGUGUCGAGGUCGGGCGAGAGCAGAUUCGAGUGGUGGCAGAACCCGGCGAUGCCGCCGCCGCCGCGGAUGGCAACAGCCCGGGAGCGGAGCCGCCCGGUGUCACCGUCGAAACGGCGGCGGCGGCGUCCGUGCAGCCCCUAGACGACGUCACGGGAGGCUCGCCGGAGGCGGCGUUAGCGACAGGAUCUGGGGAGAAACGCGACGGGGGGACGACGGAGGAGACAGGAGCCGGGGGGGAGGUUGCCGCCGCAGCCGAUGGUGUCAAGCCAUCGGCGGCGGCGGCGGCGGCGGCGGCGGCGGCGGCCUCUCAGGACGGAGCCGAGGCGGCUGCUGUGGUGGUGUUGGCGGAGGGGAGGUACUCGCCGGGGGUCCUGGUGACGCUGGAGCCGGCACGGCCUACGGUGCUCAGGCUCACGGUCGGUCGGGGGCAGGGGGGAGAGGCCGCGGCCGCCGUCGGCGUACGCCAGGCGCCGACUCCUCCCGCGGUGGUGCUGCUCCUGGGAGCGGUGGACGGCAUUCAGCGGGACGUGCUAGCGCUAACGCUGAGAGGGCGGAGGCAAGCGGCUCUGGGCCCCGGGGUUACCGUCGACGAUUAUCCAGAGGAAACCAAGGCUCACCAGGCGCACGAAGACUACCUGGAGCUCAAGGCCGCGGCGGCUAACUUUGCUAGCGCCUACGACGAGGACGGGACGAGCGCGACGUCGAGGAGCGGCAGCAGCGCAGAAGAUGACGACGAUCAUGACGACGAUCACGAGGAACCUGACUCUGGCAGCUACUACGACACCUCCGAAGAGGACGAUGGCGAGGAGGUAGACACAGACACAGGGGAGGAAUCCGGCGCAGACGGGGAAACGGGGAGAGGUGGAAACCACCGCGGCGGCGGCGGCGGCCGCGCUCGGCGUGCCUCUUGGAAGGGCGGCGGUAGCGGUAGCGGUACGCUCGCCCGCGCUGCAAGCCGAGGGUCGUUACCGGCGGCGACGGCAACGGCGGGGGGAGGCGGUGGCGGAACGGGGGCGGGCCCGCAAGGUGGAGUAGGAGGAGUCGCCGACGCGGCGCCCUGGGAGGCCGCCGGCAGUGGGGGGGAGGGGGAGAAGGGUGCGGGGGGUGGACCCAGAUCUGCUUGA